AUGGGCGAUGCGUAUGAUGUGCAGAGGCAGGGCGGCGGGGCUAGACAAAAUUCUGAUGGAAUUCUGGAAGAGCGCGGGGCGGACAGUGACAGGACCCAUGAUGCAGAUGUAGAGGUUAAGCUUGAUGCUCGAGUUAUCCCUAACAGAGCGGGUUUUAAUUAUCUCGGGUUUAUUAUCCUGGGUAACAGGGAGAUUGAUGAAGAUGUCGCAUAUUGUAUCAGAGCAGGAUGGAUGAAGUGGAGGCUCACUUUCGAUGUUUUGUGUGACAGGAAUGUGCCGCUAAGACUCAAGGGUAAGUUUUAUCGAGUGUUGGUUCGACCGGCUAUGCUGUAUGGGGCUGAGUGUUGGCCGGUCAAGAACUCCCGCCUGCAGAAGAUGAGAGUAGCAGAGAUGAGGAUGUUGAGAUGGAUGUGUGGGUGUACCAGGAGAGAUAGGAUUAAGAAUGAAGCUAUCCGGGAUAGAGUGAGAGUAGCCUCCGUAGAGGACAAGAUGUGGGAGUCGAGGCUGAGAUGGUUCAGACAUGUUAAAAGAAGAAGCAUUGAUGCUCCUGUCAGGAGGUGUGACGGGUUGGACAUGGAGAGUUUGAGAAGAGGUCGAGGUUGGAAUUUCUCCAAAUUCUUUCCCAUCAUCAACAACUCCACAUACUUGAUUAGGAAUGCACCAUAA